CGGAUUUACUUAUAGUGCUUCCGGGUAACUUUUAUUUCAGUCUGUGGAGGUCGUUUACACAAGUGAGAACUGAUCUCAGGUGUUAUAGACCUUCAAAUGUAAUGCAACUCUUACUAUGUCGUCUCAAAAGACUUCACAAUUGUAGACUCUGUUGAAAGUAUGUAGAUAUUCGAGGGCAAUUACAGUAUAUGCUAUAAGUAUGUCACAGGCAACGUCAGGAUUUCCAGGUCCCCAACAACACGGGGGUGCCCAGGGAUCUGGUGCACUUGGUGCAGGAUAUAUCCCUACUGAAGAUGAAAAGCGAGUCUUCAAGGAGUGUAACCAGGAGAGCUUCUGGUAUAGAUCAUUGCCAUUCUCUGCCGUUGCUGUUGGAAUCACGCAAGUGCUUGUGCAUAAAGGAAUCAUUGCACCAUCUCCACGAUUUGGUUCCCUGCCUAAAGUUGCUCUUGCUGGAUUGUUCGGAUAUAUGGGAGGCAAGAUGUCCUAUAUGAAAGUCUGUCAAGAGAAGUUCAAAAAUCUGGAAAAUUCACCUUUGGGUGCAGCUCUCCGUCAAGGACAUUUGCGUAAUGUUCCCCCUGCGUUGAACCAGUCCGAGCUUGGGGACCCAAACCAGGCGACUCCUGAACAGCCCAGUAUGGAGCCAGCACCCCAGCGAAAGACGGACUACCAGCCCCCACCCGAUAACUACAGCAACUCAAGUGACUAUUCCUACAGCAGCGCCUCGCAGUCUUCGUACGACCCUGCCCCUUUUAGCUCAAGCUUCAGUGAGUCGGCCCCCUCAGGUGUGAGGGAUGACAAUGUACCACGAGAAGCGCCUUACCAGGAGGAUGAGAUGCCCAAGAGGAGGCCAGUGCUGUAUGAGAAUCUCCGCAGCAAAAACCGCGAGAACUACGAGGUCACCCUAACGCAGAAGGGCGAGACCCUGCUCAAACCUCAAGCUGAAGCCUCCGCCCAACCAAAGAAAGACGUGAAAAAGAACAAGUAUGGAGAUGCUUGGGAUGAGUGACAGACUGUUCCUUCAAAACAUAUUCACGGGGAUGCAUUAAGUGCCGUAACUUUCUUCUGUCUGCAAACUCAAAAUGUACUGCCAUGUUUCUUUGAAAAGACCAACUUGACCAUGGCGAUCUUCUCAAUUCUUGUUGCAACAUAAUUUGGAUGAUAAAAAUACUGCUUAUUGUUAUUUUUGCUUUCAUUUUCUUUUCUUUUUUUUUUUUAAAUCGGGCAAUCGGGGGAUAGCAUCUCACAAACAAUACCCACUCUGCCAGUGUUUUGCUGGUAACAUUUCUAAAUCAAAUGGUAUCUUCAUGUGAGCAAAAAAUGCUAACAGUUAUUUAGUUUUUAUCUUGCCGCGCUUUUCUAGUGAUGAGGCCUCACAUAAUUGAGGCCAGAGGAGAAUAGUUAUUUUACAGAGUUGGGAAUAUUUACAUUGUUGGGGCAGUCAAGUCUGUUAAUUGAAGUGACCAUGAAUCUUUCACUUUAUUGCACUUAAAUAGGGCUUCAUAUUAUUUGAGCUUGAGUGAAUUUGUCAAAAAUAUUAUCCAAUUAGGUGUUAUUGGACACUGUUGUACUUCUGUAACUGUCUGAAUAGUUUUGCUGUAUCACACAGAAAUGUCCACAUGGAGCCAUUAAUAAACCAAAUUGGUUUAAUUAUAA